AGUAGCCAGCCCGCGCAGCCUUGUGAAGCAAGCGCGGGUUGUAAGGCCGGCCUGGAUUGGUGGGAGGAAACGCGUUGCUUGCUACCUGCGUGGCGAUUGGCGUUUGCAGAGCCCGUGGGCGGGAUUCUGUCCAGAAUCCCAUAUAGGCGGCACUACCGGUGACUCCCAGGCUCUGAUUGGCCGGAAGGAGGAGCUUUCAUUUUUCGCGCACGAUCCCACUGGUGGGCACGGAUUGGUAGAUUGGCGGCCAGAAGGCGGGGCUUCAAGUUGCUGCGAUUGGUGGAGAAGCCGGGGAGGCGGGACCCGGACGUGAGGUCAGGGGCGCUAUAAAAAGAGCAGUUGGCGCGCAGCAGGAAGCAGCCGUCUGGCAGCUCUUCUGUGUCACGAUGUUCGAGGCACGGCUGGUGCAGGGCUCGGUGCUGAAGCGCGUGCUGGAAGCGCUCAAGGACCUCAUCACCGAGGCCUGCUGGGACCUGGGUUCGGGCGGCAUCAGCCUGCAAAGCAUGGACUCCUCGCACGUCUCACUAGUGCAGCUCACGCUGCGCUCCGAGGGCUUCGACACCUACCGCUGCGACCGUAACAUCGCCAUGGGUGUCAACCUGACCAGCAUGUCCAAAAUCCUGAAAUGCGCUGGCAACGAAGACAUCAUCACGCUGCGGGCAGAAGACAAUGCAGACACCCUGGCCCUGGUGUUCGAGGCCCCAAAUCAAGAAAAGGUCUCUGAUUAUGAGAUGAAACUAAUGGAUUUGGAUGUGGAACAGCUUGGCAUCCCAGAACAAGAAUACAGUUGUGUUGUGAAAAUGCCUUCAGCUGAAUUUGCACGCAUCUGCAGAGAUCUAAGCCAUAUUGGAGAUGCAGUUGUUAUCUCAUGUGCAAAAGAUGGUGUAAAAUUUUCAGCUAAUGGAGAGCUAGGAAGUGGAAACAUCAAACUGUCCCAGACCAGUAAUGUUGAUAAAGAGGAAGAAGCUGUUACAAUAGAGAUGAAUGAGGCAGUCCAGCUGACUUUUGCUUUGAGGUACUUGAACUUCUUUACCAAAGCAACUCCUUUGUCACCUACAGUAACGCUCAGCAUGUCUGCAGAUGUUCCCCUUGUUGUGGAGUACAAGAUUGCUGAUAUGGGACACUUAAAAUACUACCUGGCUCCAAAGAUUGAGGAUCAACAAGAAGGCUCUUAAGUGAUCUCAGACUGAGGAAGUUCUACUGAAAGCUCUUUGAGGAAGAGAACUGACUUUCUGAAAGGGGGGGGA